AUGGAGGAUGAGGAUGAUGUAAAUACCGAUAGGAUAGGACACACAGAAUGGUGUCAGUGUGGCAAAUGUUUGCCAAUGCGAAAAGGAAGGGAGAGUGUCUGCUGCUUGGAGAUAGUCGAAGUAAAAAAACGAACCGGAAGACUUACAUGCAUAACAGACCACGAUGGCUUCAAGUCACUAUGCCUUGAUCAUCAUGUCGUAGAGGAUGCGAUUUAUCAGUAUGUGGGUGAGGUGGGAGGCUAUGUCGACGAUACUCCCGCUUUUGAACUUUUUAGGCAUGUAGCUUAUCGCCAGUUUGUCAGGUGGAUUUGGCGGCGGCUAGGAAAGCAUGUAAGGAAAGUCAUUCCUUCUUGUUCGGUGGCAAAGAUUAGAGCCAAGUUUCCAUCUGAAACAUAUACGGGGUUCAAGUUAUUUGGAAUUGAUCACUGA